AGUUGACUGAUAAAUUUAGUAAACAAAAGUUGCAUUUUUCAUGUUGUAUAUAAACUUCGUACGAAAAAAUAAAUUUUCACCGAUAAACUUAAAAAGUUACAAUCCAAAAAAAAAAUGACUGACGCGGUUGCGGAAACAUCUGACAAGGAGCUGGCGUCAAACGUUGAAAAUCUUUCUCUAGAACCCCAGAAAGUGGAAAAACAGGAAGCCAAAAAGAUUGAUAUUAUUCUGCACGCCACCGGUAGCGCUCCGAUAUUGAAGCAGAAGAAAUGGGCCGUCGAUCAGGAGAAACCGAUCAGCGCUAUAAUCAAAUUUAUUCACAAAUAUCUCAAGCUGGAACCCGGCGAAAAAUUGUUUUUAUACAUUAAUCAAACAUUCGCCCCAUCUCCGGAUCAGAUCAUCAAGAAUCUGUACGACUGCUACGGUGCGAAUGGGAAGCUAGUGCUGCACUACGCCAAGAGUCAAGCCUGGGGAUGAAUCACGCUUUGUUCCGGUAAGAGACCAAUUAUUUUCAAAAACUGCUUGUUCGACGUAUUAGUCUACUUUCUACAUUCUGAUUCUAAGUCAUUUGAUGUAAGACAUUAACCGCAGCCUCAUUAAAGAAUGCGUGGCAGAUGCUCGUGCUACGCUUCCGCCUGA